UAUUACUGUGACUAUAAUUGCCAUUCAACUGGGAAUGGGAUGUGCUACUGAUCAUUUGGAACUACGUGAUAACUUACGACGUCCGUGGGGAGUGGCUGCUGCAAUCGUCACGCAAUUUUUCUUAAUGCCAGUUGUUGCCAUGGCUUUUAUUUAUCUAUUCGAUCUAUCGUAUGGGUACGCCAUCGGAACUAUCAUUAUGGCGUCAAGUCCCGGUGGAGCACUUUCUAAUGUGUUUUCGUAUUGGUCUAAGAGUGACGUGUCGUUGAGUGUGUGUAUGACGACAUGUUCCUCGGCAUUUGCCUUCGUGGCUCUACCCGCUCUGCUGUUACUGUUCAGUGAAAUAUUCGCAAGUGACGAGCCGAUUAAAGUACCAUUCAAAAGUGUCGCACUAACAUUAACUAUGAUACUAGUGCCAUCCGCACUGGGAGUAUUUAUUCGAUAUAAAUCAUUACGUGUUGCCGACGUCGUUGCUAAGAUAUGUAGCGUGGCUGGAAGCAUUGGAAUUAUCGCAUUCAUAAUUGUCAAGUUUGUUAAUUCUCCAGAAAUCAUAGCCGCUACGUAUGAGCCUUACGUCAUUAGCUUGGCUUUGCCGCCAAUUGGGUUUUCGAUAGGCUUCGGCUUAGCAGCUGUAUUAAAACUGAUUCCUUAUAAACGAAGAGCAGUUGCCAUAGAAACCGGCUAUCAGAACGUGGGCCUUGCCUUGGCCAUAUUCACAUUGUCAUACCAAGACGAUCCGGUUAUUAACGAAAUGCAGGCGAUUCCAAUAUUUUAUGCUUUGGCAAGUACAAUGUAUGCCCUCAUCGCUAUUGGAUUAUACAAACUAUAUUUAAGAAGGAAACAACGUGGAGUUUUUGAUGAGAAAGUAGCUUUGCUCAUAGAAGAAGACAACUACGAUGGGAGAAAUGGAAUAAAGGAUUUGUCCUAUGGAAGCACUUCCGAUGUGAAAGAAGUCUUUAAAGAACACGAGCCUUGAGAGGAAAUACUAGUACUCUAUUGGGCCGACAUUAUUUGCAUUAAGACAUUGUUUAUGCAUAAAAACUGGACCAGGGGCCUUUUGUUGCCUUUUAAUUUAAAACUUGAAGUUGCAUAUCUGUGAGCAAUCAUUGAUUCGUAGAAGUAACCCAAUUCAGAACUUUAUUUAUUACGAUGGCGACACGAAUUUAUUGUCCCGAAGUAUGCCAAUCGAUAAUUUUAUAAAUUCUAUAAAAAUGAUUAUAUUUGUUAAGUGAGGUACAAUAAAACAAAACUUUU